AUGCAUUCGUUGAUGCUUUCAUCAAAACUAGCCGAAGUUCUGAUCUAUGGAGGGAAAACGGCAAGGAGUUAUCCACUCUGCAGGGCAUUCGUUUCAGCGUCAAGGCCCUUGCAAGGAAAAGAAGAGGCAGAGCAAUGCCAAAAGGUGAAAGAAGCAGCUGAGGCAGUGAAGGAAGGAGCGCAGGCGGUGAAGGAAACCACCGAGUAUAUCCAUGAUGUCGCUUCUACUACGGCUAACCGUGUGAGUAAGAUGACAAAGGAUGUGACCGAGAAAGUUACUGAGACAACGGAUUCUAUCACUGAGAAAGCUAAAGGAUCUGUAUCUGGAGUUUUGGGCACAGCCAAAAACGCUACUGAUAUGAUCAAAAAUAAAAUUCUUGGUGGUGAUUAG